CGUGUACGUAUUUCGGUUCGUUCUUUCCAUACGUGAUGAAGACGCAGUAGGACUGGUACUUUGCCAGCGCGUAUAAGAAUCGAGAAAACGCUAGCGGGGUCGACAGAGUCAAGAGGAGGGACGCCGCCAAGCGACAGUGCCGUCCUCCCGCUUCUUCCUCCCACUUGCUAAAGGUGCCCGCAGGUACACACCUGGGAAGGCCAAGGCAUAUUUGCAAAGCUUGAACUUACACAGACUGGAAAGCAUGUAGGUUGAUUCUACCGGUCCCACCCAGUACAGCUAAUCCUGUACACCACGACUCAGGUUGCCCAUACGAAUCGGAGCAUGGAAGCUUUAAUUGGUUACCUCUGCGUCGGAGCCUUUGUGAUGCACGCUGCUGUUGCUGAUACAAGGGUGAAGCGGCUUGCAUACGAGCUCGCAGACGGCGCCAAUCUGGUCGUGGGGCCGGUGGCGAAAACCUUCAGGUGCCGGCGCAGUGGCUACUUCGCCGACGUGUCCAAUUACUGCCGGGUGUACCACGUGUGCCACAAGGUGCGCCACGCCGACGGCUCUUCCGAGAUGCAACACUUCAGCUUCUUCUGCGGCAACCAGACGGUGUUCAACCAGCUGAGCCUGACUUGCACCUAUCCGGAGGAUGCCUUGCCUUGUCGCAAAGCACCAAACUUCUUCUAUCUCAACGAUCGCAUUGGCAUCGAGAACGCGCUCUUACACACUGACACUGACGUUGGUCUUGCCAAAGCAGCAGGGUUCGGUACCAGGCUUGCUGGCGGUGGUCGGACGGCGUCGAAAUUGUUUGGAUAGCCACCUGCUGUUUGUCUUUCUAGUUAAGAUGCAAGGUGCUUAAAGGUAGGCAAAACCCAAACUAACGUAUGUGCCUUGCUCGCCUCUAGCAUUAAGCUCACCGAAUAGUUCGUAGCGCAUAACCGCCUACUCCCCACUCCUCCCCCUCCAUCACUCCCUCCCUCCUUCCUCCUUUCCCUCUCAGAUAUAGCCAUAAACUGCCAAAGGUAACUCUUCUUUACCCACUGUAUCCGAAGUCGACAGGCCCAUCCUUUCCUCAAUUCACUUCUAUCCAUGCUCGUACAAAAAUGAGAAGCAAAGAAGCCAACACGGACCACAGGACAUACGAAGGGAUGUGUGUUUGCUUCUUUGUCUUCUUUAGCCGUGCUGUUUCGGUUUACCCUGGAGAAAGCAACCGGCCCUCACCAACAUGAUAUUAUUGUGCACUUUGUCAAAGUUGUGUUCAUCAGCCAAGGUUGUUUGCCGAUAUCCUGCCAGCAAGACUGGCUUUGAACAUCUUUUUUUUUUUUGCCUAGUAGCUUAGAAUAUCAAUCUCAUAUCACAUACCAUUAGAUUUAUUUCGAUCGAACGUUCUUAUUUGAAUCAAUUCAAAAAUUUUCUCAUAUAGCAUGCGCAAUUUUUUUCCUGCGCUUAUAAUACAUUGCACGUAAGUGCAAUGCGCUCAAUUCAUCACCACAACUUGACGUUGUUCGUUAUUAGAGUGAACGCUGCAUAUCUUUAAUAGGACAUUAAACCGCAGAUAACUGCACUACACGGAACGGCACAAUCCUUCCAUCCGUUACCAGCCUAAUUAACUUUUUCGCAGGAAGAAAGCCUCUCCCAAAGAUCCAUAAUUACCAUUCUACUGUGGAAACGGAACUCGCGUGCCUCGUCUAUAAACAGGCACGCAAUUAUUGAAAUCUCAAGAUGUCAUCUAAUAUCCUGCUGCUCUCGACUCACUCACCUUUGGGCUGAAUGUUGUGAGGGUGAGUUUCCAAUGGUUGUCUGUUUGAACCCAAAGCACCUAACACACCCUGCUGCCUUCGUCAGGUCCAGGGCAUGACAACAAUGCCCAUGUAGUGCAGGACAGACCCUCCGCAAAAUACUUGAGCUUACCAUAACACCGUUGUUCGUUGCGACUACUUAAGGGGCACCUUUUAUGUAAAUACAAGACUACCUACAUGUAUUCGCAUUAUCUAUUGGCUUUUUUAUGUAUAGGGAGAAAGCAACACACAAUUCUUAUUUUAACUCAGUAAAAAAAAGCACCAGUUGAUAAAAUUACUACGCAAUAUUCCUUAUCUCAUUUGACUUGUUUGCAAGGGCGAAAAGCGUAAUGUCCAAGCAGACCCUUUGGCAACCUUCAAAAGUAUUAAACAUGUAUUAUGGGUGUGUUACUGUGUUUGAUACCCCAAUAUAUUGGCAUAUGGAUGUUUAACAUGUUUUAAGCUCACUCUUGGACUCAGAUGAAUGCAGGCUCUCUCUCCUCGUCCAGCCUCUGUGCAGUGACGGCAUGUGUGGCGAAUAUACGAAUGUGAAGUUCUCUUUGGCGAUCAAGGAGGCCGUCUAGGUUUUUUUCGUUGGAAAUUUAUUAAACGGAAACACAUCUUUUGUGUUUCUCAUGUAACCGCUGCGACGGCGGUCACGGCCUCAUGCAAAAUUUCCAUCACGUCAACCACUGCUCCUCCCCAUCGCCUUUCCUCAUUGGCGUAGAGUACACUUCGUUUUGCUGUUAGUACAGCACAAGAGAGAUAUCACACGAAAUCAGUGCAAUGUCGCUGUAGCAGACCGUUCACCAAUCUUAUACUGCACGGCUUAAGCUGAACCUUUCAUUAUUCACAGUUUCUUCAGACGGAAUUUGAUUUGCAACGUUCGAUCAGGAAUCCAACUUUCGGUCAUCUUCAUCUACUUGCGGUGCAGUUCGGAUCGAUCGCAGCUGCCUCCCCCCCCCCUCUAAUCACCACCACUUCAUCCUCUCUCUUUCUCUGUCUCUACCCGUAACCAUCUACCCGUAACCAUGAACCCAUUAAAACAGGCAAUUGUUUUUGUUUGGGCAUCCACUUUCGGUCCGCAGCUAAUGGAAGCGACUUGGAAAAAAAAAAUCGUUUUCUUUUUCUUCCUUCAGUGAUACUUCUGUACUAGUGGAGGGAUGUGUAAUCUGAAUGUCAACAAAAUUUUCGGUUUGGCCCUCCCUAGGAUACCUAUCUUGAUAUUUUGGGCAAUAAAGCCAGUGUCUCAGCGACCGGCCAUUGCACGAGAGCUGCUGUGCUUCUAGUAUAUGGUUUCUGAGCAGGGAGACGCAAAAAAAAGCAGAAAUCACAAGAAUACCGACAGGUAGACACGAAGUUGAAAGAAGAGCACUGCUACUGGUACACCUUGAUGAGUAAUACAUCGCCAAUCGGCAGAUUCGUCGCAUGCACGUUGACGGAUAUAAUGUUUCUUCAAAUUAUAUUUCACACACGAACUAUGUAGAAAAAACUUUCACCAUUUGAAGUCUCCCAAACAACUGUGACGAGAUAACUAAAAACUACAAAAAACAAUGUGAGUGUAAUGUGUGUAUACGGCAAACAUUUUUAGAAAAUAAAUAAAUAAAAAAUAAA